AUGGAAGUCGCUGAUUGGUUCUAGUGCCUCCUUUCAGUGCAACUGUAACAGGGAAGGAUUUAACGCCGGGAUUGACGGGUCGUAUUAUGGUAGCGCAAGAAUCGGUAUCCUUGGUAGCAUUAUACCCUACUGCAGAAGUCACUGUUACUCCAGAAUUGGGUUUGGUACUGGAGCGUGGUAUGAUUGCGGCCGCUACACAUGUGGAAACAUCGCACUGAACGCGCUGAUCAAGGCCAUGGGGUACAUCUUGGUGCAGUAAAAAGAAAACACCACACAGAAAAUUUUGUUUGUUGAAGUUUUUCUUGUAUCAGGAUCACAUUCUAUGUGUUUAUUGGUCAGGCAAUCUGACAGUUCAUCUCUAUGAGCUGCAGUUUGCACACUAACGUUGAAGCCAGUACUAGAUUAUAAGUAGUGGUAAAUAUAGUAAUAACUUCAGUACAUGUUUUCUAUUGAUAGAUUGUCAACAGGGAACUGCGCCCUGGGGACGAGGUUGAUAGAUUGUAGAUUUGUGAACUAAAGAUUGCUGUUUUACAUAAUUGCGAACAGGGAAAACUAGGGUAUUGGACUGGAAACAUUUUAAUAAAAAAUCUUUGGGGCCUAGAAUCGUGGACUCAUUUGCAGCAGUAAACGUGUAAAAGCCGAAAACACUCUAGAACCCGUUUAUUUCCAUCGCUUUCUAGUUACGCACACUGCAGGUUAUUAGUACUCUCAAAUCCAAAGCCAGGAUCGGUAUCAUUAGUAACAAUGAAAACAAUUGCAAGUCCUAUGACUCUAGAAUUGGGUUUGGCACUGGAGGAGAACCUGAUCAUAGCACCUCAUGUGGAAACGAGGCUACAGCCGCUCCAGAUAAUGGCAGUAAGCAC